AUGUUAGGAUUGGGAAGACCCCGACUUAAAACGCGACGUUCUCUUCUAGACUUGAUUACCUGUAGGGAGCUUGAGCUCAGUCCCGCUCCACCGCCUCCGGACUCACCCACCUCCACCUCACCGACCACUCCCAUCUCUCCAGAGUACAUUCCUUUCACAAUAUCUACAUCCACAAUGGCCCCUGCGGAGGAAAAUCCUGAGCAUGGCUCAAUCUUCUCGGUUUCUGGUCCCGUCGUUGUGGCCGAGCACAUGAUUGGCUGUGCUAUGUAUGAGCUGUGCCACAUCGGAAAAGAUGCACUCGUCGGUGAAGUUAUUCGAAUUGAAGCCGAUAAGGCUACCAUUCAGGUCUACGAGGAGACUGCUGGUUUGACCGUUGGUGAUCCCGUCACCCGCACGGGUAAGCCCCUCUCUGUCGAGCUGGGUCCCGGUCUGAUGGAGACCAUUUAUGACGGAAUUCAACGACCCCUCCGCGCUAUCGCCGACAAGUCUGGAAGUAUUUAUAUCCCCCGCGGAAUUUCUGUCAAUGCGCUGGACCGUGAGAAGAAAUGGGAGUACAAGCCCACCGCUUUCAAGGUCGGCGACCACAUCACCGGUGGUGAUAUCUGGGGUUCCGUGUUUGAGAACAGCUUGGUGAACGACCACAAAAUUAUCUUGCCACCGCGUGCACGUGGUACCAUUACUCGGAUAGCCCCUGCUGGUAGCUACACUGUCGAUGAGAAGCUCCUCGAGGUGGAGUUUGAGGGCAAGAAGACUGAGUUUGGCAUGAUGCAGACUUGGCCCGUCCGUGUGCCCCGUCCCGUCAGUGACAGACUCUCGGCCGAUGCGCCCUUCAUUGUCGGCCAGCGUGUUCUGGACUCUCUUUUCCCCAGUGUUCAGGGUGGAACUGUUUGCAUUCCUGGUGCUUUCGGAUGCGGCAAAACUGUGAUUUCCCAGAGUGUGUCCAAGUUCUCAAACAGCGAUAUUAUUGUCUACGUUGGUUGCGGUGAACGCGGUAACGAGAUGGCUGAAGUCUUGAUGGAUUUCCCCGAGCUCUCCAUCGACGUUGACGGUCGCAAGGAGCCCAUCAUGAAGCGCACUUGCUUGAUCGCCAACACCUCGAACAUGCCUGUCGCUGCCCGUGAAGCUUCCAUCUAUACCGGUAUUACUAUUGCCGAAUACUUCCGUGAUCAGGGCAAGGAUGUCGCCAUGAUGGCUGAUUCGAGUUCUCGUUGGGCUGAAGCUCUGCGUGAAAUUUCUGGUCGUCUGGGUGAGAUGCCUGCUGAUCAGGGUUUCCCCGCUUAUCUGAGUGCUAAGCUGGCUUCCUUCUAUGAGCGUGCCGGCAAGAGCAGUGCUCUGGGUAGCCCCGAGCGCAUCGGCAGUGUCAGCAUUGUCGGUGCCGUCAGCCCGCCCGGUGGUGAUUUCUCCGAUCCCGUCACUAGCAGUACUCUGGGCAUUGUCCAAGUGUUCUGGGGUCUUGACAAAAAGCUUGCUCAGCGUAAACACUUCCCUUCCGUCAACACCUCCAUGUCCUAUAGUAAAUACACCACCAUCUUGGACAAGUACUACGAGAAGCAUAACCCAGACUUCCCUCGCCUGCGUGACCAGAUCCGUGAGCUUCUUUCCAAGUCUGAGGAACUUGACCAGGUUGUGCAGCUGGUUGGUAAGGCCGCUUUGGGUGACUCCGACAAGAUCACUCUUGAUGUGGCCAGCAUGCUUAAGGACGACUUCCUGCAGCAGAACGGCUACAGUGACUACGAUCAGUUCUGCCCUCUUUGGAAGACCGAGUACAUGAUGAAGGCAUUCAUGGGUUUCCACGACGAAUCUCAGAAGGCCGUUGCACAGGGUCAGAUCUGGAGCAAGGUCCGUGAGGCUACCAGCGAUCUCCAGAAUGCUCUUCGGAGCAUGAAGUUCGAGGUUCCAGAUAAUGAGCAGGAAGUCUCGGACAAGUACGAGAAGCUGCUCCAGUCCAUGACUGAGCGCUUUGCCUCCGUGUCCGAUGAAUAG